AUGGCAUCACAAUCACCAAGGCCCCCGAGAGGGUCUAGACCGAGGGGAUCCCCGGCAGCCGCAGCGGCAGCUCGGGCGCCGCUGGCAACGCCGCCCAAGUCUGGAUCAACACUGAAGCGCGUCAUCUGGACCGGCGCUUUCGCCGCCGUCACCAUUGUAGGUGCCUUGUACGGUGCCGGCCUGAAGACGCAGCAGGAGUACAAAGCCGAGAGGCAGCAGAUUGUGGAAGCUACCCCGGAGCAGAGAAUAAAGGACUUGGAAAAGCGACGGGGCGCGCUCAUGGCGCAGAAGAUCCCCCUGGACAGGAAGCUGCAUGACCUGCAGGCUAGAAUGAGAGCGAAGGAGGCCGAGGAACAGCUGAAAGCCACAGCUUCUUCUGACAACAAGCCCAAAUGA